AUGAGUCCAAAGCUUCGUGUAAGUGCACCAGGAAGUAAUGAAACACAGUGGCUGAAUAUAAACCAAAGAGGGAUUGGAAGUCCUGAUCUUUGGGCAAAAGAUAUGCCUCGAUUGAAUACAAUGAAAAUGCUCAUGUCUUCUUAUACUAGUAACUUUAUCCAGACAGCUAUUGAUCCUUUAGUGCGGAUAAAAUCAGGUGAAAAACAAGCUUCCAUGGAAGCUCUGGCACUGAGUGAGGUUCUUAAAGACACGAAUAUUUCACGUGAAUGCUUUGUUAUAUCGGCAUUAAUUGGUACAAAUGUACUACAUUCCACUCAAUUGAAAACAAAUGAAAGACUGGAGAGAGAGUAUGUCAAAAAAGGAGUGGAAAUUACGAUUGAAGAACUGGAUAUUGAGACACUAGAUCAUGUUGUAUGUCAGAUCCCAGAAGAAUUGGCUUUCAUACCAGCAAAGCAAAAGGAAUUGAUGGAAAAGCUAAGGACGACGUGUGAUGUCUUAGAAACAUUGUGCAAGCAUGGAAAAGUGCAGAGUUAUGGCUUUUCAUUACCAACUUUUGACGUAUCAAGUCAAUUGGAACAACUGGUAGAGAAAACGUUUAGUCCAUUGUCGGAACUAUUUGGAAACUUCGCGUCACUGCAGCUGCCUCAGCAUGUGGGUAGUGCAAUAUUUGCGCUGCCAGAAAUUGUGAUGCAAUUCCGCAAGGAACGCGAAAUGCUCCUUAUCGGUGACCGCCCAAUUGAAGCGAUGCUGUCGAGCGGUCAUCCGUUCCAUGUGAAAACAUACGACGUCAUCUCUGGUGAGGAUGUGGUGCUGUUGCUAAAGACGGCAUUUAAUCUGAGCAUUGCUGUGGAGAAGAAGUACAUGGAAAAGAUUCGACCAGAAUAUGAGCAUCUUGAUCUGCCACCAGUAGAAGAUGUGGCGUGGGCGCAUAUUCUAGCCAACCAGCACAGCCAGUUUAACAAUCUUCAGGUCUGGCAAUAUGUCCGUGAGACACAAAUUCUCCCUCGCUUAGACGCAACCAUUAAGCAGUUCAACAAACACAAGGAGACGGAAGAGCUGGGUUUUACUUACUCAGUGGUCUUGAACCAAUUGCUGAAAUGUUUUACCAGAUCGGUCGAGCUCGUAGAUGCUGACCGCUCGACAAGGCUUAUGACCGCGUGGAAGAAUGAAAAGGGAUUGCUUCCAUCGGAGAAAAUUACUACUGAAGAAGUGGCAGUGAUGGCAGCGCUUAGCACCGGCAUCGACAUCACUUUGCUUGAAGAGCAACUUCCCGCUUCGUCCUCGUUGCCUUUCACCCACAAGUUUUCCUCUACCCAACUGCAACAGAUCACGGCACUAGCAGAGCCUCAUUUUGCUGCCGAAUAA